GCGCAGACCGCAAGCGCGGCGCACUCUGGUCUACGCGAAUAUAAGCCCCGCCUCCAGCUGCGAAGCCAACCGGGCGCUGGGCCCGCCUAGCCUCCCCCGGUUGCGGGAGGAAACAGCUAGCGGCGUUCGGAGGCGUAGCCGAGGCCCGCUCCUCGCCGCGCUCCAGUUGGAUUGGCUGGUCUCCCAAGGCGCGGUAACGGUCGCGGAGGCGGGGCCGGAGAGGGCUGAGCCGAGCCGGGCCGGGCCGGGCGCGCUGCUGGUGGGAGGCCGCGGCUGAGGAAGAUGAAGAUCCAGUUUCGGAUGUGAGACUCACUGGGUGAUCAUUUCAUUGAGAUCAACUUGAACGACCAGGUGAAAAGCGCAAGAAGGACGUGCUAUGACUGAGAUUAAUUGCUUUGGCUAGACCUUCCAGCACUAUAUGGAAUAGAAGUGGCGACUGCUUUGUCCCUGAUCUUACAGGAAAAACUUUCAGUCUUUCAUGGAAUGCUACAAGAACAUUUAACAAGAGGACCUAAUCUAGUCAUGGGAUCAGGGGAGAUUUCCCUGAAGAAAGAAAUCUGAGCCAGGAUCUGAAGGAUGAACAUAGUACCACCUCUGAGGCAACUCCAGUAUUUUUUACUGCCAAUCUACUUCUUCGGAUUUUACUUAAGAUACCAAAUCUCCAGCAGCCCCUAAAGCCUAGGAGUCUAGUAAAUCAUCAAACAGACUCAUGACUGAAAAACAGCAGGAAGAAGCAGAAUGGGAAAGCAUAAAUGUGCUUUUGAUGAUGCAUGGCUUAAAACCUUUAUUUCUAGUCAAAAGAACUGAUCUUAAAGAUUUCAUCAUUUUUGAUAAACAGUCAUCACAGAAGAUGAGGCAGAAUUUGAAAACAUUGAUGGAAGAAACAACACGUCAGCAGAACAUGAUCCAGGAGCUCAUAGAAACUAAUCAGCAGCUUAAAAAUGAACUUCAGCUAGAACAGAGCCGAGCAGCCGAUCAGGAACAACGAGCUAAUGACUUGGAACAAAUUAUGGAGUGUGUGAAAUCCAAAAUUGGUGAAUUGGAGGAUGAAUCCAUAAAUAGGGUUAGCCAGCAACAGAAUAAAAUAAAAGAUCUUCAAAAGGAUCAUAAAGCUUUACAGGCAAAAUGUCAGCAUUAUAAGAAAAAACAAAUGGAACAACAAGAGACCAUUGCUUCUUUGCAAAAGGAUAUCUAUAGAUUAACAAAAGAGGAGGAAGAGCGCAUUGUCACUCAAAACAGAGUGUUUGCUUAUCUCUGCAAAAGAGUUCCUCAUACCAUCUUGGAUAGACAGUUGCUUUGCCUAAUUGAUUAUUAUGAAUCUAAAAUUAGAAAACUUCAUAAACAAAGGGUAUAUAAGGAAGAUGAAAGUCUGUCAGAAGAAGAGAAAGACUACAGAAGUUCUGAUGCCUCACUGACUUAUAAAGGCCUUCUAAUGUCAUUACAGAAUCAACUCAAGGAAUCAAAAUCCAAGAUUGAUGCGCUUCUAAGUGAAAAGCUGAAUCUCCAAAAAGAUUUGGAAACCAGGCCCACACAGCAUGAAUUAAGACUUUAUAAACAACAGGUGAAGAAACUGGAGAAAGCCCUUAAGAAAAACAUCAGGUUAAAGGAUCUUCUCAGUCAAAAAAAGGUGGAGGACCCAGAGAAACAAGAUGAACCCAGCAAAGACAACCAGCAGCAGGCCCUAAUUGACCAGAGAUACUUUCAGGUGCUGAGUAGCAUCAAUUCAGUUGUUCACAAUCCAAGAGCUCCAGUGAUAAUUCAUAAACAGAGCAAAGGAGGAGCCCAACAUUUUCAUAAAGAUUUUGUUCAAGAUUGUGGAUUUGAGCAUCUUAUUCCUAUAAUAGAAAUGUGGGCAGAUCAGCUGACUUCCCUAAAGGAUUUGUAUAAGUCCUUGAAAAUACUGUCUGCAGAACUGGUGCCUUGGCAUAAUUUAAAAAAGCAGGAUGAAAAUGAAGGUAUCAGAGUUGAAGAUCUGUUAUUUAUAGUAGAUACCAUGUUAGAAGAAGUUGAAAAUAAGGAAAAGGACAGCAAUAUACCAAACUUAAAAACUUUGCAAGCUAUUGUUUCUCACUUCCAAAAAUUAUUUGAUGUGCCUUCUCUAAAUGGAGUCUAUCCUCGAAUGAAUGAAGUUUAUACUAGGCUUGGAGAAAUGAACAAUGCUGUGAGAAACCUCCAAGAACUCUUAGAAUUAGAUAGUUCAACUUCAUUGUGUGUGUUGGUGAGCACAGUUGGAAAAUUGUGUAGGCUGAUUAAUGAGAAUAUGAAUGAGCAGGUUAUGCAGGUAUUAGGACCUGAAGAUCUCCAAAGCAUUAUCAACAAAUUGGAAGAACAUGAGGAAUUUUUCCCAGCAUUUCAGGCAUUGACUAAUGAUCUACUUGAAAUCUUAGAAAUUGAUGACUUGGAUGCCAUUGUACCUGCAGUAAAGAAAUUAAAAAUACUUUCAUACUGAAAACAAAUCAAAUUAUUUUUACUGUGUAAAUUGCAUUCUUAACAUUCUGAGUAUUUUGUAGGAUCGUGCUUUAAGACAAGGGUUAAAAAUGUAUUUACUCUCAGAAUUGAUCCCCUUCUUAAUAUUGGGUCUUCCCAUCUAUAUUUUUGUUAACUUUGAGAUUUAUAGAGAAAACAGUUGCGAAGCUAAAGUGGUAAGUUAACUUUAAAUCCUUUAAUCUUAAGGAAUUCGUGAGUGCUUAUAAGAUUGUUUUAAAAUGUAGUGUGUGAGUAAAAGAAAAACUCAGGGAGACAGGUUGCAAACAAUAGAAAGAUUGCAUUUAAAUUGAGGGUUUACUGACCUUUUUUAUUCUGGGAAUAAGGAUUGCCAAUGGCUGUCUUGAAUUCAGCCAAUAGGAACCUACUGCUUUCUUGGCAAGGAAGUUGCACAUUCUACUGAGAUAUCCUUCAUGGCACUUGACCUUUCAAAGCUGGAGGAAGAAAAGGAAGAAGGAAAAAAUGUUUUAUCUUUGGGUUAGGUUAGGAAAUGAAUUAUGAGGUAAUAGAGAGGAGUAGAUAAUAGUCUCUCAUUGAAAAAAGUGUCUUUUUUGCAAUCUUGAUGUAAUGUACUUUUUAUAAGGACAUGAAAUCUUAAAUAAAGUUCUUGUGAAGAAUUUCCAAA